GAUCCAUUCAUCUGCUUGUGCCCCGCCCUCGGCCCAGACCAAAAACAAGCUAGCUGGCUAUGGCGGCGAGCGGCAAGAGCAGGGAGGAGCGCUGGAGCCUGGCCGGCAAGACGGCCCUCGUCACCGGAGGAAGCAAGGGGAUCGGGCGCGCAAUCGUGGAGGAGCUCGCGGGGCUCGGGGUGCGCGUGCACACCUGCGCCCGCGGCGACGCCGACCUGCAGGAGUGCCUGCGCCAGUGGGGCGCUAACGGCCGCCUCGCGCGCGUCACUGGGACCGCCUGCGACGUCGCGGUGCGCGCCGACCGGGAGCGGCUCGUGGCCGCGGCUCGUGAGGAGCUGGGCGGCCGGCUGGACAUCCUCGUCAACAACGCCGGGCAGACCAUGUUCGGGUUCGCCGCUGACACCACGGCGGAGGACUACGCGCGCCUCAUGGCCACCAACGUCGAGUCCUGCUUCCACCUCGCGCAGCUCGCGCAUCCACUCCUCGUCGCGGCGGCGUCAGGCGGCGGCGGCGCCAGCAGCGUGGUCAACGUCUCCUCCAUCAAUGGGAUUCUCUCCUACCCGGGGAUGUCCAUGUACGCGACCACCAAGGCCGCCAUGAACCAGGUCACCCGGAGCCUCGCCGUCGAGUGGGCCAAGGACAACGUCCGCGUCAACUCCGUCGCGCCGGGUGGCGUCGUCGGGACCGACAUCGCCAGCAGCAGCCACCUGAGUCUGGCCCCGGAGCUGCUGCAGAAUUUGUGGGAGGCGGAGAUGGCGCGGGUCCCCAUGCUCCGCAUGGCCGAGCCGGAGGAGGUCGUGUCAGUGGUCGCUUUCCUCUGCAUGCCGGCCGCCUCCUACAUCACCGGCCAGGUCAUCUGCGUCGACGGUGGCCGCACCAUUACCGCCUAGCUAAUAGGCCUUGCUAGCUGCUUUUAGCUGCAUCGCCCGCGCUUAGGGAUGCAAGUGGAUAUCCAUCUAUGUUUUUUUUUUUGUUUUUGAGUAUGUCGUUUAAGUUUCAUUUCUCUUCCAAAAUAAUUACGUAGCAUGUUAUUCCAGUUUAUCUUAUAAAAUUUUGGGUCGAUAUAAUGACAAAAAAACAUGGAACUUGCACCCCUA